AUGUCUCCGUGGGCUGCCCAGUGCUUGUGCGUUAAGAAGGAUGGUACGUUGAGACUGUGUAUCGACUGGCGUGAGCUAAACAACCUCUUGCUCUCGGAUAGCGGGGGUCUGUGUGACAUGCAGAUGAUAUUCGACGGGUUGAAAAGCAACAAGUAUUUCACUCAGCUAGAUGUCGCCUCCGGUUUUCACCACAUGGAAAUCGCCGAGAAAGACCGUUACAAGACGGCCUUUCGAGAUGCGGAUGGUAUGCUUUGGGAAUUCACUCGCGCGGGUUUCGGACUGACGAUGCUUCCGGCGGCCUUCACUCGUAGAGCAAAGUCGGCUUUGGGGCAUCUAUCGGGCGUGUUUAGCUGGCUUGACGUUCUCAUCGCUAGCGACACAUGGGAAGAACAUCUCGCCACCCUGACGCUCGUUCUGAACCGCCUUCUAGCCGCGGGACUGCCCGUGAACUUCGCGAAAUGCAUUUUUGGCGCAACGUCGCAGGCGUUUCUCGGCAUGAUCAUGGACAGCACCGGCCUGUACCCUGUCCAUGGACAAGCUAGAUGCAAUCUCACGCAUGCCUCGGCCGCACACACCGCUGAGGACGACGCUUUCCAGUCCUUCCGAGAAACGUUGGCUUCCCCGACUGUUCUCGCUUUCCCUGACCUUGAGCGUCCGUUCGAACUACACACGGAUGCUAGUACGCUAGGUGUAGGAGCGUCGCUCACGCAGACAAUCGACGGUGCCACCAGAGCGGUAGCGUUCGCAAGCCACCGGUUUUGGCAAACCGAUGCUAGACGGGGCCCCACGGAACGGGAAGGCAUGGGGGUCCUGUGGGCGGUAGACCAUUUCCGGCCGUGCCUAGCGUGUAGACGGUUCAAACUUGUGACAGACUGUUCUGCCCUCACAUGGUUGUUCCGAAGCCGUGAACUCUGCCCCAAGCUGCACAGGUGGGCGCUUAGGCUGAUGGAGUACGACAUGGAGCUGGAAUGGAAGGCUGGGGUAGAGCACGUAGUGCCCGAUGCGUUGUCCUGGUUGCCCGUUACUUGUCCUGUAGAGGUCGAUGCCGACGAUUCGUUUCCGGAUGACCUGUCGUCCACUGCUGCAGGCGCUUCGGUAGAGAUCGUAGGGCCGGACUUGGAUGGUGUAAGGCUGGCUGAGUUGGACCCUGUCCAGGUAGACCGUGGAGGCGAUGCCGACUCCCAACCCUCUCACCCCACUCCGGAGAUGACCAACUUCCACUUGUCCGCCCUUAGAGCGUUGCCUUUCGCCGCGUGUGCUGCUGUUGACCCUGAGCGCGAUGCCGCCCGCCGCAGCGGCCGGACCCGUACCCCUUCGGUGCGAUUACCACCGAUCGACGACGCGCAGCUGCUCCUGACAAGCGUACUGGAGGCCAUCCCGGACAGAGAGGCCAUCGGCCCCACCACGGUGGAAUCCUUCGCUCCGGCGCCGUCGCCAUCGACACUACCGCCGUCUCCCGGUCGACCUGGUCACGACGACAUCGGUGAGGUGCUGGCUGCACGGGGGGAGGUUCCGGCGUCUUCGUCGAGCCAGACGAUUGGUAGAGCAUCAGCCAUCGAUCUGACGGCACGGAUACUCACAAAGCCGUCAGAGCUAGCGCAUCGGCAACAAGACGACACCCAUCUGGGUCAGGUUCGCAAGGUUCUGAGCAAUGGAGUUGACUUAGCCAGGGGGGAAGUGGGUGCCACAGGGAUAGGAACAACGCUGUCCCUUCUGCGUGAUCAUUUCCACUGGCCCACGAUGACGAACGACACUCGACACUAUGUGUUGUCAUGUACCUGUCGUAGACGCAAGAGACCACUCAGCAGACGAGAAACCAUGAUGAUGCCAGGUAGACCGCUUGAACCGUGGGACGAGUUGCAAAUGGACAUCCUCAAGAUCGACACACCAUCGCAAACUGGCAAUAACUACAUCUUGCUCGUGGUAGACCGUGCCUCAAAGUUUCCCUUCGGGUUCCCGCUAGAAAUCAAACAAGCUGUAGGCGUAGCCCGAGUGGUGGUAGAGCUGUGUCUAACUUAA